AUGAAGGCUUUGCGCAUACUGUCGGGGAUUGAGAUUGAUGAGGCAUCAGUGGAUCUUCAUCAUUUGACUGAGCUGAGGAAGCUUGCAAUCUACAAGCUGAAUACCAAGGGGAGCACUGCAAAUUUCAAAGAUUUAAUCUCCUCUAUUGAGUACCUCGGUGGCUAUUCUCUACAGACCCUUGUAAUUGAUGACGAGUCAUCGGAGUUUAUCAAAUCACUAGAUGACCUGUCAUCCCCUCCGAAAUUUCUUAUUGCCCUUGAGUUAUCAGGCAAGAUGGCUAAGCUCCCCAAUUGCUUGCAACACCUCCAUACUCUCAGCAAGUUAACCCUUUCUGUUACAGCUCUCCGGACUGAUAACUUAAAGGAUCUCAGCAACCUAGAGGCAUUGUUUUCUCUCACCUUUUCUUUUAGGGAAAAAGGGCAGGAUCGAGAAACACUGGCCAUUGUCGCAGAAAAUAAGAUGUACUCCAAGGGGAAGGUCACAGUUCCAGCAGAUGGCUUUAAGAGUCUUAAGCUUAUGCGCCUCUUUGUCUCUGGUCUUGUCUUGCCAUUAUUGAGCUUCUCCAAUAAGGCUAUGCCAGAACUGGAAAGGCUUGAGCUACGUUACAACAUGCUGGAGGGCCUUUAUGGGGUAGAAAACCUUGCAAAACUCAAGGAGGUGCAUUUUACAUCAGACGCCAAAGCUAAUGAAGGUACCAUGACUAAGGAUAUAGUAGCAGAGAUAAAUAAUGCACUGAGUAUUAAUGGGAAAACAUCCAAGAUAAUCGUUCACAACUGA